AAUUUUGUGUUUAUUUCCCUUCUUCUGCCUCAUUUUCAUUAUCCUCUGCAUUUUCUUCCUUUCCUUUGCAGCCAAAGGGGGUGUGGCUGAGGCGGCGGUCGUGGCCUUGGCUAGAGGAGGAGGUGGUGGCGGUGGUGGUAGAGUUGAGAUGGGGGAUAAGACGGGAGAUAUUGCAAGUCAAACUGAUGCAACUAUAUGUCUUGUUCUAGAUAUUGCAAAUGGUGAUAGCCUAUGGAAAGCGGAGAAUCCCUUGGUUAAGUCUGUCCCUGUUUUCGUUCGGCAGAUGGCCCUCACCCUCCUCGUCACUCGCCUUCUCGUCUUCAUCCUCAAACCACUCAAACAGCCUCGCAUCAUGGCCGAAAUUCUCGCUGGUAUGUUCUUCAAUCCAGGUAUUUUGGGUAGGAUCUACAACAACAUGGCCUUGAAAUUAUUUCCAUAUGACAGUUGGGCGGUGCUGGAGACAUUGGCGAACGUGGGACUGGUUUUCCACGUCUUCCUGGUGGGACUAGAGAUAGACCUAACCUCGGUGAUGACGACUGGACAAAGGGCCUUCUCCAUUGCCAUAUCUGGGAUUGUAGUUCCACUGGCCGUAGGUUCAGGCUCCUUUCUUAUGUUGAAGGAUUAUCAGGAAGGAAACUUUACUUUUGCUGGUUCUGUCUUGUGGGGGCUUUCUGUCACCGUAACAGGCGUCCACAUGCUGACCCGAGUCCUGGCAAACCUCAAGCUCCUCAACACCGACCUCGGAAAAUUGGCCAUGUCUUCCGCCGUCAUCAAUGAACUAUUCUUGUGGGUGAUUCUUGCAGUGGCAAUACCAAUAGUAAACGACGUCGGGACUUCCUGCUGGGCAAUCCUGGCCACCGCUGCCUUUGUAUUGUUUUUCAUUUUUUUGGUUCGCCCAGCCAUAGUAUGGAUGCUUAGCAGAUAUCCUGAGGGGGACAGCUUGAGCGAAUGCCAAGUCGGCCUCAUCCUCUUCGGGGUUGUGCUGUCGGCGGUUGCCACAGACGCCUGCGGCAGCUACUCCAUCAUCGGUGCUUUCGUGUUCGGACUGGUGUUCCCCACUGGGGUUCAAGCAACUGAGAUUAUGGAGAAGCUGGAGGAUCUUGUGUCGGGGAUUCUUGUGCCUCUCUACUUCGUGACUUGCGGGAUACGAAUCAAUCUGGAGUCUCUUUGGGACAGUGAUGCCAUGGCUAAGGUGAUGCUGGUUGUAGCCUUACUUUGUUCAGCCAAGGUCAUAAGCACUCUCCUGGUUUAUAUCUUGUAUAAAAUGCCUAUCCAGGAGGGGAUAGGUCUUGGGUUGGUUUUGAAUACCAAAGAUAUCUUGGCCUUUAUCAUCCUUCAUAUUGGCAGAGAUAGACAAGUACGUACUCUCUGUUUCUAA